CCGAUGCAAGCCCGAUGAGGAUGAUCAAUAAUCUGAACACGGCAUUUUCGGGCUGAUCCUUCCUUCUCACGAUGGAACUCGCCUCGUCUCUCUGGCUCUCUACUGGGCUCCCAGAAGCAAGUCUGCGCCACCUUCACCUCGACGAACCCGCGAAGCCGAUAUCGUCUUCGUUCAAACUGGGAGACGUAGCACAGGCAGCUAUAGGUCUAUCAGCCCUGUCCGCCGCCUACUUUCACCAACUGCGAACGGGUGUUGAGCAAGAAGUGUCGGUGGAUUCGAGGCACGCAGCACUAGAGUUUCAUAGCGAAGCACACUAUACUCUCGACGGCGUCAAACCUGGAUCAAUCUGGGAUUCGAUAGCGGGAUUGUACAAGACUCGGAACGGCGGACAUGUGAGGAUCCACACAAACUUCCCUCAUCACCGUAAAGGUAUACUCGGCAUCCUCAAUAUCCCUGAUACCCCAACCGUGAUGCGUCCCCAAGUCCAAGAGGCGCUUGUCCAAUGGGACUCGAUUGACUUUGAAACAGAAGCAGUACGACGGGGGAUGUGUGCCACCGCCUACCGGUCCUUCGACGAAUGGAACGCCCAUCCACAAGCAGAGGCUCUCCGCGGAAUCCCGCCAGUCACACUAACCAAAAUUGGAGAAGCUCCGAAGCGCCGUCUGACUGGAGGAACACGCCCACUGGAAGGCAUCCGCGUCCUAGACUUAAGCCGCGUCCUAGCAGGUCCCGUAGCAGGACGGACUCUAGCAGCACACGGCGCCGACGUCCUCCUCGUCACGUCUCCACAUCUUCCUGCCCUGCCCGUCCUGGACGCAGACACUUCUCGAGGCAAGCGCACUACGCAGUUGGAUCUGAACACCCAGGAAGGGAGGGAUAAGCUAGGAGAGCUGUGUGAGGAGGCGGAUGUGUUUCUGCAGGCGUAUCGGCCGGGAGGGUUAGAGGCGAGGGGGUUCGGAGUUGGGGUGGGUAGACCUGGGAUGGUGUAUGCGAGUUUGAACACUUGGGGAUGGGACGGUCCGUGGAAGGACCGGCGAGGUUUUGACUCCCUCGUUCAAACAGCUACGGGCUUCAAUGCAGACGAAGGAGCUGCGUUUGGAGAAUCGGGUCCGCGUCCUCUUCCGAUGCAAGCGCUCGACCAUGCGGCGGGGACUGUAACGGAAGGUGGAUCGUGGGAGGUACGCGUCUCUCUGGCGGCUGUAGGACAAUGGAUCCGGUCUCUGGGUAGGGUGCCGGUGCCGACGGAGCAGAUUGAUGAGCACGUCGAAGAGUUGUUGGUUGAUUGGGAAGGAGAGAGGAAGAUGAGGGCGCUCAGACAUGCAGCGAUUAUGUCUGCGACGCCGGUAAAGGUGGGAAAUGCACCUGCGAGUCUUGAUAUGCAUGCCCCAGAGUGGUUGCCGAUAUGAUGGUUUACUUAUGGUAUAUACCAUCAUAGACAGGCAAUUAUUUAAUCCAGUGUCGUGCAAAGUUUUUUUUUUUCAGAAUCAGAAAAGCUGUUACUUACGGCGAAGCACCUUCCUCCAUGUUGAUACCUGAUUUCUCUGUUCUUAGGAAUUCUUUGCUGAGAGCGAAAUUUUUACUCAGCGCCUAGGCGGUAUUCUAGGCUUUAUUGAUGAGCAUUUUCGCUGUUCAUGAUACACAGCAGGUAGUUCUUCAAUUCUUGGGCACGCAUACAUGUCAGUAAUCCUUACUUCGCUGCUUCCUGCAU